UGAAGGUGGCAACCCUAGAAACACUCCUCACACUACAACAGACAUGCUAAUGCUAUCAGACAAACAUGCAGCAAUAGCUCCAAUAAAGGAGAGGAGUGCAGCUGGAGAGAGAGAUGAGGAGCCACCAGACUGGUGAGAAACAUGCUAAUGCUAUAACAAGCACGCUAAUAGACAAAGAAAACGCACUACAGAAGAGAGGGUUGCAGCUGGAGAGAUAUGAGGAGACGAACAGAUUGUGGGAAACACAACCUUCUCACACAACAACAGACAUGCUAAUGCUAACAAACAAAGAGUAACAGUUACUAUAGAGGAGAGGAGUGAAGCUGGAGAGAGAGAAUAGGAGCUGCCAAACAGAUUUGAAACAUGCUGCUGAUCAAAGUUAGAUAUCAGGACUCCAGGAAAUUUAUCAGACUUCAGGAUGGAUUCACUUUUGCAGACUUUGUUAAUGAAGUCCACAAUAGGUUUUGCCUACCACCUGAGACAAAUCUACACAUUUAUGAUGACACUGAAACUGAGAUAGACGAGGACAUUUUACAAGAUGUGCUCAAUGCAAGACCUGAUACGUCGCUCACUAUUGUUAGAAGAGAGAAUAUAGAAAUGUUAUCAGAUGCAUCAAGCAGCUCUUGGACUGACAUUUUGUCACUUAGUCAUUCAUCAUAUGAACUUGACCAAAUGCCAGAACGCCCUUACAAGAAAUCUAAGACAGAUGAUGCAGCAGCUGAUGCAAAAGAGAUGGUUCGUAGUGCCCUAAAGCAGACAAGUGGAGGAGAUGCUGUCCUUGCUGAAUACAGUUCCAAAAAUACACUUUCAAGUGAAAUGAGACGAGUCCUAGUCAACAUUUUGGUUGGACAUAUGGUGGAAAUGCAUGGGAGAAUUCCUACAAGGAACCAGAAGGAGCAGUAUGCUCUAGGUGUUGUGACUCUUUUCCCAUCUCUUAAGGAUCCGUUUUCAAAAAAAGGCUAUGAACAUUUUUAUGACGCAGACGGUGGGACUGGAUACAUUGCAUGGCGACUGAAGACUGUUCAGAGGAACGCCAAGAAGCGAAAUAAGCCUAGCAUCUCCAAAAGAAGUGAAAUUGGUUUGAGUGGACCUUCUUGGAACAGAUGCUCCAGCUCUGAGCAGCAGGAUGAGGAUACUUUAAGAGAGGCAAUUGCCUUUCUUACUCAUUCCACAGAUGAAUCGCAGAUCUUACUCAAAAUGAGGGAGACUUUUCACUAUAGGCAUAGGCUUGUUCAUGACCCAAACAAGACGACAGACAUUCUGAAGACCUUUCCUACAUUUCUGAACACUAAGGGACUUGUGAAUCAAGACUUCUCACUACUCUUCAGUCCUGAAACAUCGUCCAAGUUGCUUGAAAUGUGGGAUACCACAUUUAAGGCAAAAAUAAUUGAAGAAGCCAUAGGCUUGACUUCAACUGCUGUUGUGCGCUCACUUCUUCUGUCAGCAAAUAACCAGAGAGAUAGUGAACAUUGUUCUGACUGGGACAGUGACAUGGCAACAUUGCUUUUGCUGCUCCAUCUACUUCCACCAUCACCUGGAAAGAAGGUCUCAAAAAUCAGUGCAUCAGAUGCCAUAAACAGGCUUGUGGUGUACCAGAAGUCUCGUACCAGUUUUGAACAACAUCUUCAGCAACGAGAAGGAAGACAGCCGUACAUCCUUGCUGUUGGCAGGAACCGCGACCACAUUGAGCACUUCUACAUAGCUCUGGAUAAGAAUCUCAUCCCCUGUCAGUCGGAUACUUCCCUCAGUGCAUUCGAUGAGCUAUUUAAAGCCCACUUUGUUUUUAAUUUAGCGUAUGAUGAGGCACUCCUUCAUUUUUACACUUUCAUUCAGACAACAAUCUACAUGGUUGAUGUAGGGAAAACCAAGGAGUCACCAAGAGUUAAGGAGCUGAGAGCAAAAUUACUGAAUUAGCUAUAUAUGUUUUAAAUGCAAAUCAUCUUUUGUGACUCAGUAGCAACAGUUUGGGUCUGAAUUAUAUUCAAACUCUCUGUCUGGUGAUGUGGUGCCACAAGACAAUAGAAACUGGAAUUUGUUGCGAAUAAUCAACGUUGUCUUUUCUCCAGGGAUUUCUGAUGGCAUGACUGUAUCUCUUAGACAUCUAAUCAAAGAGGACCACCAGCUUUUUAAAAUUUUGUACACCAAUCAACAUGCAAUACCUUAACACCAUUUCAGGGUCCAAAACAAAACUUUUCAAAAAUUCAAGAAUUUUACCAAGUUUCUUGCCAGGAAACAUCCAAUGUCCGCUGGAGUGACAGUUUGACUCAUUAACAUUUUACCACCAAGAGUGUGGGCCAAUGUGUUUAAUACUGAAUACCAAGAUGGUGGUAAAGAAUUGUUGUGAUCACUUAAAAUUCCUGUGUAUACAAAUAUGUGUUCCACUAAUUAGGUUAGAAUUGUUUCCAUUGAAUACAAAGUUGGGCUAAUUGUUUGUAAUGAGUAAAAUAACUAAAUUCCUGUAUUGUCCAAAAUUGAUUGAUGAGUGUAUAUUAUUUGUAGUCGUUCAGCUUGUGACUGAUUUCAGUGAACACCACCAUGCCUUUAUAGUAUGCAAUGGUGAGGACCAUUGAAAAAUAUGCAAUGGUGAGGACCAAUGAAAAUGAUCCUUUGAUUUACUCACCUUAAAGCCAUCUUCUUUUAGAUUAACACAAUUGGAGUUAUUCAAAACAUAUAUCCUGGCUCUUCCGAGCUUUAUAAUGGCAAUGAAUGGCUGCCAUGAGUUUGAAGCCCAAAAAAGUGCUCCCAUCCAUCAUGAAAUAAAUCCACGCAGAUCCAGGGGGGUUAAUAAAGGCCUUCUGAAGCAAAUCACUUUGUUUUAAUAACUCUGAUUGUGUUCAUCUGAAAGAAAGUCAUUGUUUAAUUUGUUGUUUUGUCUGGAUUUUUCAGACUUUUAUUGUGUUUUGAAAAGUUUUUAUUUGGACUGUUUUUCAAUAUCCUGACAAGACAACAGUGAUGUGCAGCUUUUGCAAUUUAUUCAACCAGUGUUAUUGUUUAUAAGUAAUACAUUUUUCGUGGAUCCUAUAUGGACAUAUAUAGAUGUCAUAUAUGGGUUGUUGACAUGGCAUUGCAUUUUUACUGUCACACAAGAUAAAGAUAAUUAUAAUUAGUAUCGUCAUCAUUUAAAAUGCAGUUAAUGGUUAAAUUUCUUUGUCUUACAUGGACUUGUUAUAUUAAAAAAAAAAACUGCUUUGUUAUUAGAUUUAUUAAAUCUUCCAAAUCUCAAAAUUGUCUUAUGGUGUGUGGUCUCAAGCAUUGUUUAAUUAAUUA